AUGACCAAAAUCUGGGUCUUUUUGGGUUUUGUUUGGGUUUCGCAAAUCUCAAUUGCUGAUCCGAUCGGACUAAAGCUCAUAUUCUCCACUGCGGUUUGUUCAAAUAUUCAAUUACAUGGAAAUAAUCAUUGUGUUUUCAUAAUGUGUUCACAAAUCCUUUCGAAUAAUAAUUUAUUGACAGAUCAGCGUGAACCCUAACGAGUUCACUUGGAUCUAGAAUUUGAGAGAAUACAUUAUACAGUUAAACAUCAUUUGAGUCGUGGAGGAAUAGACAAGAAGAUCUCGUGCAAUGGUAGAUUGACCAGUAAAUUUUUUUUAAAGACUUGGGGUGGUGGCUGAAUUGAAAUUUGGAAGUGAGUUUGUUCCAAGUAGGAAUUGUUUUAAAGAAGAAAUCAUUAGAAAACUGACCUUGAGAAAUCCUUGCUGAAGCGUUUCGAACAGUUUAAAGAAAUUUUACACAGGUCUCGAGACGAAAACCGUUUGUGUUCACAAGAUCGCUUAUAAUUUUUUUUUUUGUUUUUUUGAGAUUUUUGAACAAAUUAAGUCCCAGGAAAUUAUUUUUUAGAUUGAAAUAACAUAUAGGGUCCCAAUCCAAAUCGAUAGAAUCAAUUAGUGCCAGCCAGAAAAAGAUAAGAAUCGCGGCUUACAUUGUUAAUGAAGAGAUUACACCAUUCAGUAGACAGUGAGAAUUUUGUUUGAACUAUGUGGAAAAAGAAAAUAUUUUAUAAUUCUUCUUUUUUUUAUUUCAAGUUUCAUUUUUUUUUUUCAUUUUGUGUGGAACAUUUGAUUGUUGAUUCACCGAUCGCUGACAUAGAAAAAGACUAUAAUUUAUUUUUUCUGGAGUUCAUAAGUCAUCAUGUCUUGAAAACCCCUAUGAUGAAUGGUACAUAACUAAAAAAACGGUUAAUUAUAGUAAUUGUAGAAACUGUUAGUCAAACAAUGAGAAGUAGAAAAUCGAAUGUCCAACAAAAAAAAGGGAAAAGAAUAAAACUAAUUGGAAAAAACGACAGAAUAAAAAAAGAAAAUUAACGUCCUAAAUACCUUUAAGGUCGUGAUUCACAAAUUUUUAACACGACCUAACUUUCCAAAUAGUUACCGUCCAAAUAGUUACCGUAAUGCCGUGUUCAAUUUGAUUCCGCGAAAUGCAAAAUACCCGUUAGAGAAAGGAAAAGAUCACUAGAUUUUGGAGAGUCAGAGAUCAUUUUGCGUUUCGCGGAAUCAAAUUGAACAUGGCAUAAUUUUCAAAGUUGCCGUGGAAGUCGCAAAAAUUCAAAUCUUUAAAAAAAUUUUUUUCGAUCUUUCUAUCAGAAAAGAAAAAUCACGCAUUUUUUUAUGAUGAUUUUUGACUAGAUUCCCUUUUUUCCAGAUCUGGCGCCAUGGCGACCGUGCGCCGCUUGGCACUUAUCCAACGGAUCCGAUUCAAGAAAAUUGGUGGAACACCGGCGGUGGCGGAUGGGGCGAACUUACGCCGGUUUGGCUUUUUUUAAUUAUUUAGCUCCAGUGGCCGUUUUUUUGGAAUUCCAAGGCCAGAGAACCUCCAAAAAGAUGUUAAAAUAUUAAUUUAUCGGAAAAAUAUUGUCUAAUUUCUUAUCAUUUUUUUAUCUUGAAUAUAAUAUAAAAAUAGUGGUCAUUGACUUUUUAAAGUUUAAAUAUAAACUCCCCACAUGAAAGUUUUCCCGAAACGUUAUACGCAAGAAUAUGAUCGAUCCAACUGUCGGUUCGAUAAAUUUGAAGUCCCUAUGAAACUGAAAAGUUAUUUUUCUGAAUUUCAGACGGGCAUGGCUCAGCACUUUCAAUUGGGGACAAUCAUCCGGAAUCGCUACAUAAAUGGAACUUUCAACUUUCUUCCGCCGUACUACGAUGCCAAAAAGGUUUCCGAACUUUGACGAAAUAGAAAAUUUAGAAAAUACGUAAAAUUCAAACAAAUUUUAAUAAGUAAAGUCUAAUCUUGUAUACAUUCAAAAUUUCUUUUUGAAAUUUCAAACUGCAACUAAUGGAUAUUUCUGUUAGAAAAGAGAGGAAAAGUUCCCAUUUAUAUUGAGAUUAAAACUGGAUGGUCAGUAAUUUAAAAAAUUAGGAGCAUUUUUCAAAAGUUAGAAAAGGAAAUUUCGAGAUGUUCAAGCUUAUGAAAAAGUUCAAAACAAGGAAAAACCUUUAAAAAAAUUUUUAUUGCUCAUUAAUAUUUAUAAGCAUGACUUUUUUUGGAAUUCGGAACUCCAAUCCAUAAAAAUUCAUCAGUUCGGUAUUGCAAAACUAUUAAAUUUAAUUCCAGUCUCAUUCAGAAAAAUGUUGAUUUUUUUAAAGGAAGUGUGAAAAAAAUGAACUUUUUGAAUAAUCUUAUUGAGUUUCAAAAUUUCAAUGAAUCCGGAAAAUCUCACAGAUUUACGUCCGAGCGACGGACCACAAUCGGACCAUCAUUUCUGCGAUGGCCAAUAUGGUAGCGAUGUACACGAAUCCGGCCGUCGAAAAAGCCGGUUUGCCAAAUUUUGGGGUACUAUGAAAAAUAAGACAUAAAAAGUCAGCCGAAGUGAAACUCACUAGGGAACUACUCGGACUCGGGUACCCGUUUCGAGGUGAAACUUCGGUGGCUAAUAGACCCGGGUAAGAGUACUUGGAAACAAGAGAGAUUAUCUGCUAAACCCCAUAGGCUUCUGAGAAAAAGCUUUCUGAAAAUGAACAGUUUAGGCUUGAAAAUUAUUAAAUUUUUUUGCUUUAUUCCUUUUUUUGGCUGGAAAAAAAGUUUUUUUAGAGUUUAUCAUAGCCGGAUCAUUCAAGAAGAUUGUAGUAAAAUACAAAAUAAGGUAAAAAGAAGUAUUCUGAAAAUUUUCAGGCCUAAUUUCCACAUUUUCUAUUAUUUUUUUCUCAGUUCUCUAUUGGGUUUAGCAGAUAUUCUCACUUGUUUUCAAGUAUUCUCACUUAGGUCUAUUAACCACUGAAGUUUGAACUCGAUCCGCGUUCCCGAGUCCGAGUAGUUCCCUAGUCAAGAAAGCCAGAGCGGUCACUAGAGGGACAAACAUAAGAGGCCCUAGAGGUCCCCCUUCUUACUAUAGGGGCCCCUAAAGCUUUCAAAAAUGGCCACUCUAGGGGGGCAUCCCUAUACGUCUUUUUAUUUUUUCAAAAUGAAACAAAAAAAAUUAAAAAAACCACUAUAGGGAUCACUUAAUCUUUAAGGGCUUAAGGUUCAGUAAAACUUCCCUAUCGAGAAUUUUUUAGUCCACUCUAGCGGCUUAUUUUCCUUAAACUCUAUAGUGACCACUCUGAAGUUUCUAAGGUGGGUCGAAAAUUUCGAAGGAAACAGUUUGAAAGUACCCUCAAGGGGCCAUUAAAAAUAGAAAACCUUUUUCUUGAUAUUUUAAAGAAAUGAGCAAUUAAUCCAAAAAUUGUCCUUGGAGCACACAUUCGAACCAUUUUUUGCCGGGCGACAUUUUUUUUCUCGCGGCUUAAUUUUCACCGUCAAUUACCAACAAAGUAUUCAGGAAUCGAGUAUCCAGACAUUGCCGGUUGGCCGGCGGGAUUCGUGCCCAUCGCCGCCCACUCUCAGGACUACGAUACCGACUGCGUGAGUCAUCCCUUUUUCACAUUUUUUUUAUUCGUGCAACAAAAAGUAUAAUAUCCAUCCACAUGUCUCAUCAUUAGAAAAAAAGGCGUUACGGGGUUAUAUAGGGAGAAAAGUGAAGAGAGGCCCUAGGUGGACAAGUCACCCGCUGGAAACCGGACAGGAACCAAGGCGAAUCGGGCGAAAGAGAGUUACAUGGGAGGACAAUAA